AUGAACCAAUCGAAUCAACCGCCAGGGCCUCAUAAUGGAAGUAACGGUUUCGCUACAUCGACAAACCCAACGUAUUCAGUGUACGUGUUGCCACAACAUGGAACAGCACCAGCUUCAGUGGUUGUCAAUCAAGUGCAAGAACAACAAAGAAAACCUCCCGACUAUCGGACUUGGCUGAAUACGCAACCUUCACAGUCAGUUCAAUGGCCAAAUAAUAGACCCGCACCAAAAAAACCAAAGCGGGUUAGAACCGGAUUUACUACCCAACAGCUGAUGGUACUAGAGAAAGAGUAUUCGAGGAUUCCUUACUUGGCUCGAUCUAAUCGAAUAGAACUGGCAGAGAUGCUGCAGCUAAGUGAACGGACCAUCAAAAUAUGGUUCCAAAAUCGGCGGAUGAAAGAAAAAAAGGAGAAACUUGAGAGCUCUGUAAACUUCCAGGAAGCUAUGGUUCCCUACCCAGACCAAGAGCAUACAUAUCAAUCAGCAACUACACCAAUUGCACAAAAUAUCAUAUUGGAACAACGUCAGCAUCCCGUUGCUCGUUCUAUUACUUUGAACCCAUCUUUGGGGCUUGAUGGACAACUACACUCAAACAUGCAAUAUAAACAGCCAGCUGCAGCAAAUGCACAAAUGCAGUCAUCACUGAACUUCGUUUUGCAACAACACGGGCAUACCCAAUGGACAAAUGGGGUUACUCAACAUGUGAGGUGUGAUAAUAGUUCUACUAUGGGAUCAAAUUCAUCUUUAGAAGGAAUCGUUCAGAACUUGCAGAAUGGUGGACAACACCGCUCAAGUACGGUACAGUAUAGAUAUUCAUCUGCAGAAACUGUACAGAUGCGUUAUCCACAAAAUAUUAUACCGCAAAAUCAGUAUUAUACCCAAUGGGCCAAUGGAGCUACUCAGCAAGUUCAUUCUGCGGGUCAUAAUGAGCCUGCCUAUGUACAGUUUUCUACACAAAACAAUAUUCAGAAUUUGCAGCACAGUGAACAGCACUAUUCGACCGUCCAGUAUAGAUGUCCAGCUACCGCAACAGCUGUACAGACGCAGCCCUCACAAAAUUUAGUAACGGAACCCAUUCAACAUCCGGAAAACACACAAGGAAAUACUCAGCCUGAUCUUUGUACGUUGCGUCCCGUAAAAACUGUUCCUUUGAAAGUCUUUGAGGAAUUUGUACAAAAAGUGCAGCUUAACCAAGAGCUUAACUCAGAUGUACAGUACAGACGUCCAGUUGAAGGUAAUGAUCAGUCCUCACAAGAUUCGGAACUAUGGCAGUAUGCCUCAUUCAAUAAUAGGGAUCCAACGCCUGUUAUUCAUCUAGAGAGUUCUGAUGAAAGUUCGCGUUCUUCUGUAGAAGACAUUUUACAGGAUCUGAUUGUUUCUGAAAAGCAGCACUUGGAGGCCAAGGAAAGGAUAAAUAAAGAGAUGCAGGCUUUGAAUUAUCUUGUAUCGGAGCAGCAUUCCAAAUGUACAAAUGGUUCCACUCAGCAUAUUAAUAAUAACCUGGAAAAUCCUUAUCAUCUUCAAACUAAAAACCUUCUUGAAGCUUCGGAUUUACCCAGUGACUUAAUGGACGUGACACCAAUGCAAAUUGAAGACAUAGACAUAUAUCUAUACUUACUGUAA